AUGGUCCAGCCUGGCCUUCUUCCUGUCCCAGAACAGUCCUUGCCAAAGCAGCUGCUGCUUCAGAUCCAGAGGUUGGGGGCCCUGGCCGCCCAUUUCUUGCUAUCAGGCAAACCCAAGGACCCGGCGGCGGAGAAGGAGGAGGCAGCGGCGGCGGGGGCGCCGUCGGGGCCGGAGGAGCCGCCGGUGCAGCUGAACGUGGGCGGCUGGGCCUUCGCGGUGCCGCGGAGCAAGUUGGCGCCGUUCCCGGAGUCGCUGCUGGGCCGGGCGGCAGCGGCGGGGCCGGCGGGGCAGCGGCUGUUCCUGGACCGCGACGGCUACGCUUUCCGCCACGUCCACUACUUCCUGCACACGGCGCGGCUGUCGGGCGGCAGCGGGCUGGAGCUGCCGCUCCUCUACGAGCAGGCCGGGCUGCUGGGGUCGCAGGAGCAGGCGCCGCUGGGGCUGCUGGACACGCCGCUGCUGGAGGCGGAGGCGGAGGUGCGCUACUGCUUCCUGCCGCUGCGCCUGGUGGGCGAGUUCCCGGCGCUGGUCACCGACGACAACCUGCUCUGGCUGGCCGACGGCGCGGCGCUGAUCGAGGUCGAGAGCGGCGAGUUCCGCUUCAUCGCUAAUUUUCUUCGCUCAGAGAAGAUUCUUUUGCCUGAUAACUUCUCCAGCUUGGAUUCUCUGGAAGCUGAAGCUGAAGCCUUGGGCAUCCCCAAGGUCAUAGAAGCCGUGAAGAUCUUCAGGAAUAACCCAGGCUCAGGUUCCAGUGAAGCCUCUAAGUCUCCAGUACAGGAGCAGAGACUUCAGGACCCAUCAGUCCUCCUUCCUUUGUACCCAAUGGUGCUGGGACUCCUAGUCAAGUACCCUGACUCUGCUCUUGGGCAGCUCCACAUGGAGAGCACUCUGGAUGGGAACAAGCUCUACAUAUCAGGGAAUGGAGUUCUUUUUCAGCAUGUCAUGAAUUGGUUAGGAACUUGCAGACUUCCACUUACACGAAAUAUGUCUGAACUUCCACACCUUUGCACCUAUUUGGAUCAAAUGGAUCUCAUCUAUGAGCCAAUGAAGGACGCUUUAAAAAGAUUUCUAAACCCAAAGACGCCCACAGACUCCCUGAAUAAGUGGGCAGCAGAAAUAACAGCUUUUUCCCUACAUCAUAUUGUCAAAGUCUAUGUAGGAAGCCACUGGUAUGCCACCUAUUUGCAAACAUUAUUAAAGUUUCCAGAGUUGUUGUCAAAUUGCAAAAAGGUAUAUUGGAUUGCUUAUGGCCAGAGUCUCCUCAUUCAUGGAGAUGGAAAAAUGUUUCGACAUGUUCUCAACUUCUUAAGACUUGGCAAGUUGUACUUACCAUCUGAAUUUAAGGAAUGGUCACUUUUGUGCCAGGAAGUGAUCGAGUACCAGAUCCCUUCUCUGCUGGAGGCUCUAUAUCAGUAUGACAUGUACAGAUUAUGGCUGCAACAGAAGGAAGUUCAACAUGUAGUUUAUCCAGUUAGAAACCUUGAGUCUCCAAUAUCAGAGAAGGAUACUGGAUCCAACAAAGUCCUUCGAGAUGGCUGGCUGACAAAGGCGGAUGACCCAAGCAGUCUGGAGGAGGUGCCCUCCUCAGGGAAAGGUGCCAGCUCUCGGGAACAGAGUGGCCAGAAAGAAAAGGGAACAGCCCUUGAAGAAACUGCUACUUGUGAAGCCCUUGAUGUGAGGGGCUUGAUUCUUAAGGUUGAGCACCCUCCGAUUGUGCCGGGCGAUGGUUCCUGUGUCUUUCAUGAAGGCAGCGUUCUCUACAGCACGGGCGUUGAAGAGAUUACUCUAGCCUGUGCCCUGGCACCCCCAGUGGACAAAGAUGUUGUUUUUCUGAGCUUUCCAUUAACACAAGAAGAAAUUUUUUAUGCCCAGAAGUGCCACGGCUUCCUUACGGAUGUCAUCUUGGAUUCUAUAAGACAGAAGGAUCCUAAAGAAACCACUGCCAAAGUAGAGCUUCUGGUCCAGAGGUUGUGGCGUCUGCAGAUCACGGCAAAGGAGUUUGUGGCUGAGCUCCUGAAUUCAGCGCCCUUUAUAGCCGAUGGCCAUUCCUACGAGAAGUUGCUGAAGUGGGUUGAAUUCACCCUGCCUUUUGCCUGGAAAUACAGCUGCUGCAUUAACUUGCUUAUUAAAAAAGGGUACUUUAAAUCACUCUCACAUUUUGUUAUUGGGAAAUAUUUACAGAACCCUUAA